AUGCUGUGGUCAGUUGGGAUUCAACAGACUUCACUGGUGCUCAUAUGCACUUUCGUUCUCGCCUCCUUAGCGUUCUAUCCUUAUGCUAAGGAUUUCUGCUGUCUUUGUCGCCUUGUUGCAUACGCAGCACAGAGACGAUUCUUCAAAGGCAACCAGGACCUUAUUCUUACUUUCACCGCUCUCUACAUCUAUAUGAGUGUAGUCUUGGUGGAAUUCUUGGAUAUUUCUGCCGGCAUCUACUGCCCGCAGUUCUUAUUCGGACUGCCGCUUAUCUUUCCCAAUAUCAAUUUUCCUAUGAUACUCUAUGUUGGACACUCUUUCGUGAUCCGGAUCCAUAAGAAAAUGCCCUUGAUCAUUUAUGAGGUCGUCGAAGAGGACUGCUUCGUCCAACUACAUCGAAUGCGGUGUAUUCAUCAGAAAGAUUGUCCUGAAUUUUCUUAUGCAACUCGCUUAUCUAUCAAACCUUCGGUCGCCACAACAAAACAUAGGCGAGCCAUGGAUGGAAGGAUAGUCCAGGUACGGAAUCUCCAGGAACUAAACACUAUACUUCCGUGUGCGAUCAGUGGAAAUCGCCCGUAA